GUGAGUUGCGAUUUGGAGGCGAAGGGUGGAAGUAGGAGGAAAGAUUCGCAAGUCUGAGAGUUUUGCGGUUUAUCUGAAUUUUGCUUCGUUUCUUCACUCUCCGCUACGUUCAGUGGGGAGAGGAGACAUUUCUCGAAAAGAAGUCUCGUUUAGAGGACUUCUUCCAUUGUAAUCCCCGGUUGCCUUGUGCCCAGGGGGAUUCGAUGUUUGUUUUGGAUCUUGAUAAUCACAUGCUUAAGAAAACUAGCAGAUUAAAGAAGGCAACACAAAGAGGGGAGCGAGCCUUGUUAGUUCGGAGACCUGGAAAGGCAGAGAAGGGGUGUGAGGAAUCAGUGGGAAGGUGACAUAAAAGUUGGAGAUGGGUGGAGGCGAGAGAUUUAACAUUCCUGGUCAGCAUAGAAAUAACCUUGGCAAACAGAUUAACCGUCAGAAGUUGUUAGAGCGCAACAAUCAAAAGAUGAACACGUCUCUCAGUAAGGACAGGGUCCGUGGCUGUGGGACAUCUCUUGCAUGGCAGGCCAUGCAGAAUGGAGUUAACAACAAUAACACUCGUUCCUCGAAUCAAAACUGGAGUGCUGGGUUUCCAGCCUCCAAGAACUUCUUCACCGAUCAAGACAACCAGAAUUACGCUGGAGCCAAAUUUAGUGAACCACCAUCACCGAGUGUACUUCCCAAGCCACCAAGCCACUGGGUGCUCCUUUCCUGCAGUCCAGCUGAGAAAGAGCUGAUGUCCUUUCAGCUGAAAACCUUGCUAAAGGUCCAGGCCUAAUUUGGACCUACCAAAACCAUCAAUGAUAAAUAAAUGCCUAUGGGACACUUACAGGGUUCUAGGUUGAAGAAUGCCAAACAGUGUGUUAAACAUGAGAUCUUACUUGACUAUGCCAGCAUGGAAUGGAUCGUUUUUUUUUCCUAAAAUCCCUCAGGAGUUAAACUGAAUGGUGGGUGAAGCUUCCGUGAAGAGGACUCCCGCAUACGAAGCACUUUCUCCACAGCAUAGCUGGUGCUUGAUGCACUGAAUUUACAACUUGCACCCAAAUUAAUGUUAUACAACACUUUGCACUUGAAGUAAGCAGGUGAACAGCUUCAGGACUUGGCUUUGGAUUGUUUUCUUCUGCUAACUUUGAAUGCUGUUCACCUACUCUUGUAUAUCUUUAAUUUGCAGCGUGUGCUGUGGUAGCUCUUAGUUAUGUCAUCAUUUUAUUAAGUUAAUGGAGUCUGACAUUGUUUUAACCUGUGUAUUAUUUUAGUCUGUUCAGCCUGGCUGUAUGGCCCAUCUAGUUGGAUCUUUGCAGUACUGGGCUUACAAAAUUAUACAAAUUGUUACAAACAAGUACAUUCUUCCCUUAAGGCAGUGGGUUCAAGCACCCACUCCUGUGUCACAGCUUUGGGUAGACACUUUAAUCCAUUACAAAUAUGUAGAGAUAUAUAUACCACCUUGAGGAGUAUCCUCCAAGACCAUGAUCUUAGUAUUUAUGCCACCUGUAGAACUAAGCCUUGUUCCCUCCUGGAGUGCUGCUCUUCAGUUUGGGAAAGUGUGCCUUGAGGUUUUAAGGGUAAUUAUUAAGUACAAAUGGUUUUUCCCCAUGCUGAAAUGAAACAUUCUUAAUUGUGAUUUAACAUUUUGGACAGUUUAUGAUGUUUUAAGUCCUCCCCUAAUGCGUUCCUUGUAUUAAUUAAUAGUAGGCAAGAGUUAAAAUUUUUGUAUAAAAAUGCCCAAUAUGUAAAGUUUUCCAAAGUAAGACAGGAUAUCACCAGGAGUGAAAUGAGCAUCAUUUGGUUGAAAAAAUGGUUUAUACAAAAUAGUGAACUUUUUCCCCUACUCCUCCCUUUUCUCCCAGCAGAGUAAGUAAAAGGGAAGCAGAUCCUGACCACAGGUCCCUUUUUAUUUCAGGGUGCAACAUCUGCACAGAAAAAAUCCGGUUUGCAAAUCAUGCAGGCACUGCUUGUAGGGCAAGGCUGAGCAUAUAAAGAAAAUAGUGAAAACUGUCCAAAAUGCAUUAUAUUGGGAAAAGUUUUUCUCAAGUACGGGGAUCAGCUUUUUUUAUUUUAUUACAGAUAGUACCCCUUUAAACAAAAUUUUAUGCACAGACUGAUCCUAAUCUCUGAGGUAUAGUGAAUAAGAUUACUUUAGAUCUGCAAAUUACAUUUAUUGUGCCAAUGAGAGUAUAUUUGCACUGUAAGACUGCCAAAUUUGAAAUCCUAAACCUGUUGAUUUUCGUCCAAAAAGUAGAUUGCCCGAAGUAUACCUUUUAUUUACGAACAUCUGUCAAGGCUGUAAUUGAGAGAGAGAGAGCUGCGUAUGUAUGUCUUGUUUACUAUGGUGGGUGGACAUGACUGCCUUUUGCGGUCACUUGUGCUUAUUUAGCAACACUGGGCAAAUUUGUAUCUGGGCAGUAGCCCACGGUUCCAAUCCGUUUUUCUUUCGUUCUUCUACCUGCAGCUGGUGGGGAAAGAAAGCUCAAAACCUAUUGGCUGCUAUGAAAUACUGUCCUGGUGAAGCUUUGCCCAGUGUUGGCAGAUAGGCCCCAGUUUAUCUUGCUUUUAGGAAAUGAAGCAUGUUUUGUAGCCCGCAACAGAUCUUAGAAUGAUUCUAGCCUAAUAAUGAAUAGCCCUGUUUUACACAUCCCUUGAUUGUUUAAAGCUCUUACUGUGAAUUAUACUUCAGGGUAAUGGAAUCAGUUGCAGGCUUUUUAUAUGGUUAGUUCUAAAAUGAGCACCCUUCAACUUGGCACCCUGUAAUGUCUUCAGAACAUAAUAUUCAAUCUAGAACAACUAGGAGCCAUGUAUAUAACUGUAAAAGUUGUAGAAUAUGUAAAUGAAUGCAGGCAAACCUGCAAAGAUAAAGUAUUUUUUAGUACAAACUGCUGAAUGUAGUCACGCAAAAGCUGUGACUUUGUAAAACUAAUUAUUUUCUUUAAGGAAAACACGUGCGCGUGUAAGUAGCCUUUGCACAAAGUGCCAGUGUAUAUAUAUAUAUGUACACGUUCUCGUGUUAAGAAUUGUAAACUGGUUCUGUUGUGGGAUUGGUGCAAAUGAAGCAUUUAAUGGUUUUAUAUAAACAAAAAAAAAAACUUUUUAAAAAAAUAUUCUUAAUAUUGCUGCUCAGACCAUUUUUUGGUAAAGACACAUUGUGUAUGUAUAAAUAGAUGUAUUUUUGAUAUUGUUUGUCAGGGGUCCUGCUACUGACGCUGUGAUUUGUAAUGUGACAAUGUGACUGUGCUGUAUAGUACUUAAUGUGACAGUUGCUUUGGAUGCACUGUUUGGGCAUUCGUUCCAUUGUUAAACAGUGUUCAGAACGGAGUCGAACGGAGCCAUAUUGACUUUUAUGCAAAAGAGAUUGUUUACAUCUGUAUCUGGAGGAUAUCCUUUUCCCAAAGUUGCCGAGACCAAUUUGAGCACCUCCUUCUGCAACAGCCUUAACCUCUCUCAUACCAACUGGAUUUCUGUCUUCAAGACUGCACAUUCCUUGAACUGUUAGUUGAACUGUUCCCUGUAUGCUUUAACAACAAUACUGCCACAAGGGUAAGCAUUGCUGGUAUGGGCAAUAUAAUGGAGAGUUCAAUGUAUUAAAAAUAUAAUUUUUAUGUGUGCCCACAAAUAGUCUGUAUAAAAACCCUCACUGCUUUCUAACAGUUUUGCCCUAUAGUUCACUUUCCCACUAGUAAUGAUGCUGGCAUUUGUAGUAUUGACUUUAUACAACCAAUAUAUAUAUAGAAGCUGCAACUUGUGUAUUGUAUGAAACUUUAUGAAAUGUAUUUGGGCAAAGGCAGCUAUUGGAAAAGGCUGGUGUCAUUCUGCUUUUCUCCCUCCUCCUCUUUUUUUCUAAAGCUGCUGACUGUCUCGACAAUGUUAACUUUCCUCCACUUUUUGGUGGCAAGCAUUUCUGGAAUACUGCAGUGCUGUAUUCUGUUUUUAAUUUUAUUUUAAUAUACUCUAAGGAGUUAAUUUGGAUCACAAUGUGAUUUUUGUGCGAAAAUAGUCUAUUUAUACAUAGAGAAUGUGUCAGCAGCACUUUGGUGUUAACCACAUAUAGAAUGGGUUAACUACUUGUAACUGUUCUCCAAAGAAUAAUUGGCCA